AUGUCGCUGGCGGCCGUUGAAGUAGAUGAAUUCGAGUUAUUGAACGCGAAGAAUUCGUGGAUAUCCAAAUCCUGUCUGAAAGACAUCAACAAAGUUGAAUGCCAACCAGUAUUACCUGUUAAAGACGAAAAAAAUAUCCUUGUGACUUCAGCACUACCAUAUGUCAACAAUGUUCCACAUCUUGGUAAUAUAAUUGGUUGUGUUUUAUCAGCCGAUGUUUUUGCAAGAUAUUGUAGAUUGCGUGGUUGGAAUACAUUAUACAUUAGUGGUACUGAUGAAUAUGGUACUGCAACUGAAACAAAAGCAUUGGAAGAAAAGUUAACACCCCAACAAAUCUGUGACAAGUUUUUCAAAAUUCAUAAUGAAAUAUAUAAGUGGUUCAACAUUAGUUUUGAUCAUUUUGGUAGAACUACAUCACAUAAACAAACAGAAAUUGUUCAAGAAAUAUUUAAGGAAGUACACAGUAAUGGCUAUACCAGUACCGCAUCUAUGGAACAACUGUUAUGUGAGAAUUGUGAUCGGUUUUUAGCUGAUCGAUUUGUUGAAGGAACAUGUCCUUUAUGUAAUUAUGAAGAUGCGAGAGGUGAUCAGUGUGAUGGUUGUGGUCAUUUAAUAAAUGCUACUGAACUUAUAAAACCUAGGUGCAAAGUUUGUCAAAAAACGCCAGUUGUACGUAGUUCUCAGCAACUAUUUUUGAAUUUGCCCAAAGUUGAAGCUAAACUUAAUGAUUGGGUUGAUAAAUCUGGUGACGAUUGGUCUUAUAAUGCAAAAGUGAUAACUAAAUCUUGGUUGAAAGAUGGUUUGAAAGAGAGAUGUAUCACUAGGGAUUUGAAAUGGGGAAUUCCUGUGCCACUCGAAGACUUCAAGUCAAAAGUGUUUUAUGUUUGGUUUGAUGCGCCAAUUGGCUACAUGAGUAUGAGUGCUGCUUACACACCAGACUGGCGCAAGUGGUGGCAACCAGAAGAUGAUACAAAAGUAACAUACUACCAAUUCAUGGCAAAAGAUAAUGUGCCUUUUCAUUCAGUUAUGUUUCCAGCAUGCCUUUUUGCUACUGAACGCAACUAUACAAUGGUCAACCAUAUAAUGGCUACAGAAUACUUAAACUAUGAAGAUGGUAAAUUUUCUAAAUCCCGUGGUGUUGGAGUAUUUGGGAAUGAUGCUCAAGAUACAGGGUUGCCUGCUGAUGUUUUCAGAUUUUACUUAUUGUUUGUACGUCCUGAAUCUCAAGAUAGUUCAUUUAGCUGGGCAGAUUUAGCUACCAAAAAUAAUUCGGAAUUGUUGAACAAUUUAGGAAACUUUUGUAAUAGAGCUUUAUCGUUCUUAGAAAAGUUUUUUGAUUGUGUUAUUCCUGAAAUUCAAUUAGGAAACGAUGAACUCACUUUAUUAGCAUUAGUAACACGUGACCUCAAAGAAUACACAAGUAUGUUGGACAAGGCUAAACUUAGAGAUGGUUUACGACUCAUACUUUCGAUAUCUCGCCAUGGUAACCAAUACAUGCAGUUCCAAAAACCAUGGGUGUUGAUAAAAGGAUCAAGUGAAGAAAAAAUCAGAGCCGGUACAGUUAUAGGACUGAGUUGUAAUUUAGCAUGUUUACUAGCUGUCAUGUUACAACCUUAUAUGCCACAAACUGUUAAUAUAAUUGGAAAACAGUUGAACAUUGAUAUUUCUACAUUUUUAUUAAAUAACUUUGUAUCAGUUUUCUUGCCACCUGGUCAUAAAAUUGGAAAACCAGCUCCAUUAUUUGAAAAAAUUGAUCCAUCAGUUGUUAAUCAAUUAAAAAGCCGCUUUGCUGGCAAACAGAAAUCACAGGAAAAAGAAUUAGCGGUAGCUUCUGGGUUGGAUCUUAAACAAAUUACAAGUGUACAACAAAUGGAAGAAGCUAUUUCUAAACAAGGUGAUACGGUGCGACAAUUAAAGCAAAGUGGAGCUCAAAAAAGUGAAUGGGAACCAUAUGUCAAAGCAUUAUUGGAGAUGAAGAAAAGCUUAGAACAAAUGAAAUUAGAAUCCAAUCCAAUAUCUAUAGAUUGCUUAGAAGAAGAAAUUUCCAAACAGGGCGACAAAGUACGAAAACUAAAGGAAGCAAAAGUUGAAAAAAGUGAAUUACAGCCUGAAAUUGAUUUGCUGUUACAAUUGAAAUCUAAACUGUCUAUAUCAAAAGGUAUACCAGUUGAAAACGGGCAAAAGAAGAAACAAAAACCAAUUAAAAAAUAA